AUAUAAAUACCAAGCGUGCAAAAACACUUUAGAAAUGGCUUUUACAAACGUUACAUCCAUUUAAAGGAACAUGUCCGAAAAAAAGUAAAACUGCUGCGAUCAGUCAGAUUACAGACAAAAGUAGCAAAAGGGGAAUGAAGGAAAGAAAACAUUAACAAUCUUCUCCCAAGCACAGAGGAUUGAAUUUCAGCCAAUGAGAGCCCAGCUUUUUUGGCCCAAUCAAGAUGAGACUCUGUUUAUAAAUAAGACUGCCUACGGCUUCUUGUAAAAAGCCGUUGAGAUAGCAUGGCCCGUACCAAGCAGACUGCCCGCAAGUCGACCGGGGGCAAGGCCCCGCGGAAGCAGCUGGCCACCAAGGCGGCCCGCAAGAGCGCGCCGGCCACGGGCGGCGUGAAGAAGCCGCACCGCUACCGGCCAGGCACUGUGGCCCUGCGGGAGAUCCGGCGCUACCAGAAGUCCACCGAGCUGCUGAUCCGCAAGCUGCCGUUCCAGCGGCUGGGGCGCGAGAUCGCGCAGGACUUCAAGACCGACCUGCGCUUCCAGAGCUCGGCCGUGAUGGCGCUGCAGGAGGCGAGCGAGGCCUACCUGGUGGGGCUGUUCGAGGACACGAACCUGUGCGCUAUCCACGCCAAGCGCGUCACCAUCAUGCCCAAGGACAUCCAGCUGGCCCGCCGCAUCCGCGGGGAGCGGGCUUAAGGCAUGCAUCGUUAAGUCGGCGAUCUAAAGGCUCUUUUCAGAGCCACCUACGUUUUCAUCAAGAGCAGCUGUACCAGCUAAGGGAGACAUGCAUUCGGGUGUGGUGGGUGGUGGGGCUAUGGAAUCAGAAUGCGUGGUGUUUCGUCGACUUGCAGACACUAGAGGGAGCAGUAGAGGUAUAGUCCAGGCAGUUCCUGCAAAGUGUGCCUUUUAGAAUGCGCUCCGGCUCGCUGGCAAUUAACGUCCAGAUCAGCACAGUUCCUCGAUAAUAAGGGGAAAACAUGCAAAAAGAUGGCAUCUACUUAAGCAGUUGUCCGUAACACAUUGCAAGCUGCACCUACAAGAUGCACUCUGAAUAAGAAAAUUAACACUGUUUGAAAGCAAACAUCCUUGUGUGGUAACUAUUGGGAUGGGAAUCUGGGUCCGAUGUCAAGUAAAAUCCUCGCGCCAAGUAGAUCAACCCGAUUUAAACUGAUAAAAAAGAGUAGGGGCAGGAGAUCCUGUGAUGGGUCCUGAAGUGUGUAAGAUCCCGCCGGACAGGGGGCGAGGGUGGAGGCAAGUUCCUUUAAAAUAUUAUGAAACCUUCUCUUGGUUCGCGUUUAAAAGUGGUAUAAAUCUUGUUUUUAACUGAGUAUUCUCCUCAUUGUUUAAUACAGGCAGUGCAAACCGGGCUUGGAAUUUAUUUAAGGAGGACAUAAACAUCGGUACUUGGUUUCCUUACGUGUGGGCAGAGGUAUAGUCCCUCCCUCUUCCCCCCUCAAAAAAAAAAAUUUUUUUCCACAAAGUACAUAGGUGUAAACGAUGCAAAAAUAAGAAAAAGUUAACUAGUCUUUAGCUGGCGCUUUAGAUCUUCCUUGGGCAGCUUUACCAUUGAAGGUGCAAACCAACCCCCACCCCCAAAUCCAAACAGGUGAAACUACCUCUCUACGUAAUUUACCGGUUAGCGUAAAACAUUUUGAUUGGCUAACAAGACUUUUGUUCUAAUGACCACUAGGGAAGAGC